CCUAGUCUUGAUUCGCUGAAACCUAUCUCCUCCCCCCACUGUUUAGCCUUUUCUAUCCUUUAGGAAAAAUUGAUAAGCAAUCGGCGUUUGUGAAGCGUGUACCAUCGUACACCAAACUGUGUUUGUUAAACCGUAAUAAGGAAGGCAGAGAUUAGAGUGGUAAAAAGGCAGAACCGGAAACCUGUUAAGCAAUGGCAUUGGAGCUUUCCUUAGGUAAUCGUUUUAGGAAUGAGAGAAAAAAGAUGGAAUCGCUUGAAAGCAAUCGCGUGUAUCUGGAGACUUGGAACGGGCCAGAAUGCUAAUGCUUGUUUCAUGACAAAGCCAACAAAUCGAGCUACUCGAGGGUGAAUUGUGGAGCGUUAAAAUUUAAAAAAGAAACCCCCAAACUGCAUACCAUAUUUAGCUCCAGACUACGAGCACAGACUGUCGACGAGAUGGGAUGUGAUCGACAACUGAACGACACUUCUCAUCCGUUGUCAAUGGCAACGAUUUGGACAUUUUCUACUCACCGUGGACUCACCGCUUCAGGCGUGCUCGACAUCUUGCCCGUGGAUCAAAGCAAUCAAUUUGCAAUUAAGCGUGCAUCGGAGGAUAUCGAGCACCGGGCUAAGUGAGCACCAGAUGGGAGGGCUGACGAAGAAAAUGAAGUAAAAGAAAAUAUCAAAAAACAAAAAAGGAAAACCAACUAGAUAAUUUCCCUCUCCCUCGCCUCCCAAUUUCCCCCUUACAUACAUAAGCAUUAAAUCAUAUCAACUUUCUAGAACACGAACACACACACUCACAAGUAAGGGCGAGAUCGAGAAUCUCGCGCGAAAACUAGUCGUCGCAACGAUCGGCAUCGGCGCUCCUUUGGCCGUGGAUGGGCGUGCGGAGUUACGCUUCAGAAACUACUGAAGCAGCGAACCAUCUCCGAAAUCGUUUUCCCCCUUUCCUCUCUUUACACCGUUUUUACCCUAAAAAUCCCACUAGACUCCCGGAGUAUAGUCAUCAGAAAGAAGAAAAUAAGGAGGAGGCACGUGAGUUUUUCGCGAGCAACGAGUGAAUGUGUUGGGGCAAGGGGGAGAAAUCUGGGUAUUUCUGAGAGAAAUCGUACCUACAACACAGCUUAGUAAUAUGUAAAGUAAUAUCAAAGAAAGAUACAAACAUAAGCCCCCACACUGAGCAACUUUCUUUGUAUCAUCGUUCUGCGUGUUGCAUGUGUAUAAAACGUGAUGAUCCUUCGACGGUAGAUAGAAGAUCAUGCGAUGGAAAUCCGCGCGAUGGAAAGCUCACCUUCAACGGUUCCCCCGCCAGUUGGUUGGUGUCCCCCCUUUUUGGUGGGCUGGGAAACGAUGUCUUAGCGCAGCAGCAGCAGCAGCAGUAGAAACAGCAGUUAGGUCUCUCCAUCUCUUUCUCUACUCCAUGUAUUUAUGUGGUAACGAUUUGGGGUGUAGAGGAACGGCGCGCCUACAGGAAGUCAUUAUUCGAAUUUUGAACACUAGAGCCAAACAAAGGCCAAUGUCCAACAAGGCAAACCCAAACCAGAAAGCAUCCAGCAACACGGACUGGUUAACACGGAUCGACUAACCAAAUACACCGAGAGGACAGCAGAACGCAGAACGUGCGAAUUCAAAUCAAAACAUUUACAUUAGAAACCCCCGGACACGCUUCCGGAUACAAUCGCAACAAAAAAAACCAAGCAACCCAAUUGUCGAAGGUGAGAUAAAAGUGAACACAGGUGAAACCAUUAUUGUGUUGUGAAAACGUAUCAUUAAACUGGUAGCAAAGUGGAAGUGUGGAAAAUGUAAAAGAAAACCGAAAAUCAUAAAAGCGGCGCGCGGUAUGGCGUGGAAAAGAGGGUAAAGAGAGGACACACUAGAAAAAAAACAAACCUGCACACAAUACACACGGUGAAGAUCUCCGAUCGCGUGCGUGUUACGUGCUGGUGUGUAUGAUUUGUUAGGUUUUUCCUCCGUUUUUUGUAGCUUGUAAGAUGCGAACUGUAAGUGUACAGUCAAGCGCAGAAAGAAAGCGAGAAAAAGAUAGUCAGAGAGAUAGAAGGAGAGAGAGAGAGAGAGAAACAGAGUAAAGAAAACUGGAAAAUGAAACUAACACAUCUUAAUAAAAGUACGAAACGCACGCGGCCAACAUGUAGGCAACAAUGUGCGAAAUCGA